AAAGAUAUUCCCACCCACCGUCGCUCCAACACCAUCAUGAAACCGGGUCUGCUCACCGCUAACCCCUCCUCUCCCACGUCUACCUCUAACCUCCUCUUUUUCUCUCAGUUUUGUGGACUUCCUCGAAUUAAUAAUCCCAUUUCCUAUCUCAAUUGUUUGAACCCUAGCGCUUCCCAGCUCAGAGCUUCUUCAAAUCCCAUAUCUCCAAUAAACUCUCACAUAUUUAAACCCUCUCGUUUGAUCUUCACAGUUUGCUUCGCCAAUUCCAAUGUGCCCGAAUCAGCGUCGAAGCGAUUAGAGGAAGAGACUUCUUUGGAUAGCGCUGAACGGCAGCAGAGGCAAUGGAAGGUUGAAGUAGGAAGCCCCAGUGUUCCGUCAUCUUAUGUUCCGCCAUCCAAAUUAAGCUUAAGCGACCAAGCUUUCUUUCUCUUGGCCUUCAUUGCUUGCACGGUACUUUAA